GCAUUUUGAAGUCGAUCUUCACGUUGUGUGGAGUUUGGUUAGACCCGUUUUUACCACUCAAUCGAAUGUCAAGACCACCAGAAUAUUUGAAAACGGUUAAAUCCCAAUGGAAAUUUUGCAGGACGAAUUCUGGUGUUCGUACCGCCAUGAGUUUAUCAAUAUUAUUGACAGUGAGUCUCAAUGUCAUUUGUUUGCUCAUUUCGCAACAUUUGUUGAAAUCAACCACCAGUUUGCUUGCGUUUCCAUCAUUUGGAUCGGCAACCUUGACUUUGAUAUUGAAAUUGAUCGUUCAAUUUCAACAUAACCCUUAUCAAUAUCGAAAAGAUCCUUCCACUUGAUGAUUCCUGGAAAACCAUAACCCAUUCCCAUGUAAUCGAAGAAGUAUGGACCACCAUUUCUUUCGAUUGUGUUUUGGCUAUGAGAAGAGUUCAGUCGAUACGUUGCAUCAGCAGUAAUCGCCCAAUCAUGCGAUUUUUCGACUUUUCUGCAGUACAAAUAAACGGCGAGCCAUUCUUGAGUACCAAUGAUUUUCUUUUUCACGUUAACAUUCCACGGGAUCCCUUGAACCACAACCUGUGGUGACCAAAAAUUGUCCAACUUGUUGACUGGAAUACGCAAAUUGAAAAUUGAUUCAGUUUGUACAAUUUGUCCUUCGGCCAUGUUGAUGAAAGUGUUUCGUCUGACGUUGAUGUAGAUUCCAAUGUGUUUGAAAUUAUUCUGAGCUCACUCGAAUUUACGUUGAAUAAUUUUUGGCUUUUAUGAAUUAAAUGAAGAGCUAAAGAAAAUUGAAUGUAUCACAGAACACGAUAUCAGUUGCAAAUGACAGUAGUUUGAGCGCCGAAAACCAUUCACACAGAAUGACAGUUUGAAACAGAAGAGACGCAGAUUAUUAUAAUGUUCACUUUGUUCCGAAUUAAAUCGGACAAGUUUUUGCAUGCACGGUUCAGUUUACACACAAAGCUCACGUAUACAUUAAUCUAAACAUUGAAAAACUUUUCUUCAAAUUGUUUGCACAAUAACAGGCAGGUUUAUAAAUAAAUUUUUGCAUACAAAUUAAUUAAUUACAUGUCGAAAUUAAAUCAUAUACCACAUUAAACGGUCGCGGUUUUUGGCACGAACAGUCACUUGUUCAACACAAACUCACACAAACGUUCAGGUUCACACACAAUUUGCAGCAGUCAAAGAGAGUUCUUUGAUUGUAUUUGUAUUCGCACUGAUCUCGUUGUAUUGGAAACUUGCCUCUGCGGUCACUUUGUGUUUGGAAUAGACUGUAGUUACAAAUGUUAUAUUUUCAUAUUCUGAAUACAAUGUCAAACACGAUGGCAAAAAAGGCAAAGCAAACAGAGUCUAACAGCGCAGCGAUAUACCACAUAUGAUCAAUGAUGAUCCUAUUGAAUGUUGAUAAAAUGCAAUGGUUCAAUCAUACCAAAUCGUACAAUUAUAGUUCGGGGCUGACUAGAGCAUGGGGGCUGACUAGAUAAGGGCUGACCUGGUCGGAAUUAAAACGUAAUUUGCUUCAAAUCUAAAGAUUGAAAUAGGUCCGACCGAAGUUGAUGUGUCGCAGUCCCUGCCUCAUUUUGAAUAGCCUAAUUCGAAGAUGCAUUUUUCACAUGCCUCACGUUGGUUUCAAGUCCAUUGACUCUCUUCAACAAACAGUCCAAAUCGCCUUUUACUUUCAUCACUUCAGCAUUGAGCCACAUCAAAGCUGGUCAACUCAGAGAGCAAGCUAAAAUCCAAAGCAUCGUUUCCAAUUUAUUGGGACAAGAUUUUAUCGGACAAAUUACCGAAUAUAUAAACAGAAGCGGGACAAAAUACGUUUGGAUCCUUCAACCCAAUCAUAAAACCAAUGGAACCAUUGCAUUUUUUAUCGCCUUUUUUAUUCAAUAAACUAUUAUAUUUUCAAAAGAUGGUUUUUAUUUCUUUUGGAUCUUAAAUCCAAUAUUUCAGAUGAUAUUGAACUUUUGAGAGAUCCAAUGAUUUUCUUUUGCUUAUUUAAUUGACCAUAAUUUGAAUGGUGCUAGUAUAGAACACAAUAACAUCGCAAGUCGGUAUUAGUGGGGAAAGGAGCUGUACAUUUGUGUGUAUUGAGCACACAGCCGGCAAAACGUCUGUUUAUAUGUAUGUGUGUGUGUAUUUUGUAGCAUUUCAAAUUCUGAACGUCGCCACACUGUGCGAGCCUAUUGCUUUCAUCAUAAUCGCAUUUGGAGUUAGUUUUACACAAGCAACAGACGCAAGAACUAGCACUCAACCAGUUUUGCAGUUCAACUUUACUGAAUAGAAAUAUCUCGAAGUGGCAUUUUUUCGACUCGUCUGAAUUUUGUCGUCAGAAAGAUGAAUUCAAAAAUGUUGGAGCAUUUGAGCGGUCGUCCGAUAGCACCGAUUGUCGAAACAUGGACGGAAAAUUCCAGCAUGAUUUCCUUAAAAAUAGUGUGCAUUCUCGAUUACAAGUUAGAAAAGUCAGGAUUGUAUGAGAAAAUGACGCCAAAACUGAUGAUGCAAUUACUGAACAUCCAUCCAUCAUUUGAUUUAUUCAAGUACUUCAAAUACUAUUUGGAGAAGGAAGUCAACAUCGCCGGCAGAGUGUUGAAGUGUAAAUGUUGCGAAAUGAUUGGCCCCUAUUUGAUGAUGCUGGAGCACAUGGCAAUCAAUCAUAACAUGCAUGCCUCUGCAGUGCUGUGCAUGUGGUGCGAAAAAAUCAAUCUUCAAGCACACAACACUUCAAAUUCGUUGGACAUGUGCUACGAGAAUUAUUUGAAAAAGAACAAGUUCAGUACCACCACUUUUCCCAACGUGAUUGUCCAAUUUUACGAUUUGUUGAAGGAAUUGGCAAAAAUACUCGGCGUGCUAACCAAACGCUAUAAACAAUUCAAAAAUACCCUGGUCAACAAAAAUGAAACGAUUUCUUUCGACCAAAACGAUGACUCGAUGAGCAGCAAAAUUAUUGUGUCCAAUCCGAAAAGACGAAAAUACAGAGACAUUGAUUUGCGCUCUAUGGAAAAGUUAUACCGCGAAGCGAUGACGUACUUUUGCAAACAACAGGAAUACAUUGACACCACUCUCGAUGCGAAUGCAACCAAUGCAAAUCAAUUGGUGUCAAAUGGUGCUUCGGAUUUGGGAUCGAGUUCAGGAUCGAGUUCGGGUUCGAUUCAAAACUCCGACGAUCACACCCGCAUUGGUAAAAAUUCGAAAACAUUCGCAAUGCCGGGUUCAUCUACGCGUUGUGACUCACCACCAUUGUUAUCUCCAUUUGAUGUACCAAGUUCAUCGUCGCAAUUUGCACUUCCACCGCCACUACCCGAUUUGCAACCAAUGCCGCUGUUCGGUGUAUCGACACAGGAAUCCGAUUUUGACAAUUUUGUAUCUUUUUCAUUGCGCAACAUGCAAGAUGAAUCAUUAAAGAAGCGAGCCAAAAUGAAAAUCCAACACAUCAUUCACAAAUAUUCCGCUAAGGAUUUGUCCAAGCAAAUGGAAAAAGCACGAGACAGCGAUGACAGUUCAUCGGAUGAUUGAUGUUUUUUUGUUUUUCGAAGAAAAUCACUUUAAUUUUCUAUUUAAUUGGUGACAUUACAUACGUUAAUCAUCUUGUCAAGCACAUAAAUUGCAAAGAUCAAUUAAAAUUUAUAACUUUUGAA